AUUUACUUUAUUUAAAUGAACCAUAAAAUGCUGCUUUUAUUGUUAUAUUGCAUUAGACAAUGAUUUGGUGUGAAUACAAAACACGUAUAUGAGUUGUUGUUCUAUAUAUCAUAGUUUGGGCAUUUUAUCUUAGAUGUGCAUCUUAGAUAUUGUCUUCAUUAAUUUAUUUGUAACUAUACUAUAUAUAAUGCUAACAUUUAGUUCAGUGUUAUUACAGCAUCAUUAUCUUUUACCUAAGAAGAUGUUUAUUUUUACAUGACGUCUUCUAUUAUAUUUUGUUAAUAUAAUUGCUGCAGUUGUAUGCAACUAAGUUGUAGAGUGGCACCGAUGACACGUUCAAUUUUAGGAUUCUUAUGAGUGGCACUCUCGGUUACGAUUUUCGCCACGGCACAUGGCUACUAUUCGCUUCCUAUUUAUUUUGGUUGACGCCGUUAAUUGAUGACUGUUAUUGCACCCGGAUAAGAGGGAUACACGAUCGCAAGAGUGGAUUUGUACAAUCAACUGGCAUAUCAAACCAUCUACGGCGUUCGGCAGUAUACUCUGCAAUUGCUGGCAUUCAGCCCACUGGAGAUCUUCAUAUCGGUAACUACAUUGGUUGCAUCAAGCCAGCUGUUGAAUACCAGACAGCUGGCGGCGCUCUUAAUGUGUUGAUUGCGGAUUUGCACGCCACGACAGAGCAUAAUACUACUGUUAAUCUAUCGGACUCGAUAAGGAGAACUGUUGCCACACUAUUGUCUUGCGGUGUUGAUCCAGACAGGAGCGCUAUUAUAUUACAGAGCGACUUCCCUGAGAUUUUAGAACUUCAUUGGAUACUUUCAACAGUUAUUUCAAUAGGUCGUUUGCGCAAGCUUGCAAAUUUUGAACACCGCCAAGUAGCUCAAGAUGGCGACUCUGUGGCAGAGUUCCUCUAUCCGUUGUUGAUGGCGGCGGAUGUGCUAUGCAGUGGGAGCGACUCCAUCAUUGCAGGGGAAGAUCAGUUAUCGCAUGUUUGUGUCAUUCGCGAGGUGGCUAAAAAGCUUAAUCGUUUAGCUGGUUCAACUGUCGUAUGCAUUCCUGAUAUGUUGCCUAACACAGGUUUCAGGGUCAUAUCGCUUGAUGGGCGGGGUAAGAUGUCGAAAUCAUCGCUACAAGCAUGCUCGCGCAUUAAUAUAACUGACACUGAAGAAACUAUAUAUCAAAAGAUUAAGGUUGCGAAAACAUCUACCGAUGAUACGUCAUCAACUGAGGUUACCAAUUUGCGUCGACUGCUAAAAUUCUUUUCGGGUGACUCCGGUGCUAACAUUCCUGGAGAUAUUCAGUUUAGCUUGUUGAAAGAACAUCUCCAUCAAGUUGUCACCACGUAUCUGAGGCCUAUUCGGCAGCGGUACAACGAAAUACUACUAGACGACACUGCUGUGUCGUCAGCACUAAAAUCUGGCCGUACUAGAAUGCAGCCAACAUUUGCAUCUAUUUUAGAGGUAUGCUACAAUUACGUUCUUAUCACAUGCUCAGCGCGUGAAACGUUCUUUAAACUAUUAUAAUUAAAAUAUAUAUAACUGAUA